AUGGACGCCAUCCGGCGUCUUCUCACAUUCAACCAGAACCUGCCCGAACAAUAUUACGCCCAUCGCCCGCUGCCAGACCAUCACAUACGCCUCGUCCACAUCCUCCCAUCCCAGCGGCGAGACGCCCCGGUGGCAUGUCGAAUCUCUGUUCACCCAGAAGAGCGAUGUCCCGAGUACGAGGCUCUCUCGUAUACCUGGGGAGAUCUCCAAGACGGCACUCAGACCAUAACCGUUGACGGUUUGCCUUUUGUUGUUCGCUCGAACCUGUGGCUUUUCCUGAUCCAGCUGCGGGACCCAUACAUUACCCGCGUCGUAUGGACCGAUGCCCUUUGCAUCAAUCAGGAUGACAUCGACGAAAGAAACCACCAAGUCGGCCUCAUGAGUUGCAUUUACCGGAGCGCUACCCGGACCCUUAUCUGGCUCGGUCCGGCAGGUCAGCGCAGUGACAUUGUGAUGAAGGCAAUGUCAAUUAUUCACAAGGUGACACUAGUGCAUCAGGAGCUUUUGGACCGCGUCACAGAGCUUGGCGAUGGAGGGCCCCUACCUUGGCAACAAAAAGAAUCCAUCCAAAACCAUUUCACCGAGGUACGCCGCUGGUAUCAUGUACAACUGCAAAUCCUGGAAAGCCCUUUCGCUAGUUCAACGUACAUUACGGGCCCGCAAAAACCGAGCUUGAUCCCUGGGGUUGAAGAAACUAUCUCCACAAAGACAUUCCGACUUUCUCUAAGGAAAUUAUACGAUAACGUCCAGGACGAGAUGAUACGCCUACAUCCAGCGGAUGAUUGGCGCUUGAAAUAUCGGGAAAAGUUUAUGGAACACCUUGAACGGCUGUUUUGCAAGGCCUUGGGCAAGUGUGAUUUCCUGUCAAUCGCUCUCUGUCAUCUAGUCAAACGCCAGUACUGGAAAAGAGUUUGGAUUAUUCAGGAAAUCGUCCUGUCACCUCACAUUGAAAUCUUCUGCGGCGCCAAGACCGCACCGUGGGACGGCUUCCGCUACUUACUGCGCUCAUGUGAUAUCAGAGCUACUCAUGGACACGCGCUGCAAGUAGCUGCCAGUAUGGCCACGCCGCUCAACCGUGAGUGGGAAAUGCGACACGACACAGCUCUACCAACAGUCGUCGAGAUCCCUCGCGGGUUCGAGGGAUUGGAAAGUGUGCUGGAUCAGUUCGAAGCUUCCACAUGCACCGACGUACGCGACAAGGUCUACGGCCUUCUUGGGCUCGUUGUGACGUCCCUGGAGGCCGACUACUAUAGGACGCCAGUUCAACUCUUCGCAUAUCUGAUGGCUUUAUUCGCCUCCGAUCUGUCUCAAAAGGAUGCAUAUGGACAAGAACGCCCUAUCUCAAAGCUUUUGCACUUUGGCAAACUACUUGCCCGUACACUGAAACUGGAUGUCAACGGUUUAAAAGGCAGUCAAAGCACCGAUGCGUACGGCACCAUCCUCAAAACAUCGGGAGCCAUAUGCGGAAGGGUCCUUUUAUCAGGAUCGGACAUUCAGAACUCGGAGGAAACUGAAACCAAGUUUCUCGACAACCUGAUGGCCCAUGUACCCGCAGGAGCGUCUAAGACACAUGGGGCCUGUUUUCGCGCCAGUGCUUCUGAACGCGUCCAACGGCUGAAAAAACUUAUCCCACUUCUCUUGGCUGAAUCUGCUUGCUCCAUCGACUAUACGCAAUUCCGCGGUGACGUUGGAGACCCUGAAGCUGCCGUUACACCGAUCUCUCUAUCUUAUUCCCCGACAGACCAUUCAGAACCUCCAGCCUGGAACAACCCCGCUACUGGCGAGCUUCGAGAAAUUCACUGGUUUGCCUAUUCCCAUGACGGGUGUGUCGGAUUGUCUGAUGUGGACGUGCAAGAGGACGAUCUCAUUUGCAGCUGCGGUAGCAUCGGUCCGAUGCAUGCAUUCGUCCUCCGUGAAUCAGUGUCUGGGUACCAGAUAGUAGGGAGGGCAAUACUGUCAGGCACUUCCUACAUCAAGCACCGCAGUCUAUUCAACGCCGAAGGACGAUUUGGUCAAAACGAAAUCAAGUUUCCGAGUUUGGAAGUCUCAUUUGACGCCAUUUCCCUUCUUGCUUUUGUCUUGUUUCCAUUUCCUUAA